AUGGCUCGUAUGUUAUUCCCUUCAUCAAAGAGCCAGCUUGCUAAGUUGCUAGUCCCGUCCGAGGUUCGACUGAAGUACGUGAACAUAAUCGACGACUUCCUCGACGAUGCAGAUCUCACCACCGUAUCCGUCAAGCAAGCGCGCAAUGCUAUCCAGAGCAAAGUUCAAUAUGAUAUUACUCCUCACAAGUCGGCUAUCAACGAGCUCGUCCGCGAGCGCUUCGAUGUAGUUGAGGCCAAGCGCAACGGUGCCGAACAUCCUCUUCCUUCGGUAGAGACUGAGGAACCUGCUGCAGCUCAUACCAAUGGCAUUCACAAGUCCAAGUCUUCAGACCCGUCGAACACCUCUCCCACACCCGACAGCUCACCAGUCAAGCGCGAAGCAUCUGAAGACGAGCUCUCCGAUGUCAUCGAUGAUGCGCCUCCUAGGAAGAAGAGGAAAGCCAGCAUUGAGGAUGAUGCCACACUAGCUGCAAGACUACAGGCCGAGGAAGACAAGAUGGCCCGUCCUACAAGAGGCGGCGCUCCUCGCAAGGCCGCUUCUAGCAAGAAAAAGAAAACUCCGAAAAAGAAGACCCAGGCUCGCGUUACGGGAUCAGAUGACUCUGAUGUGCCGAGCGAGGACAAGCCAAAAAAGAACACCGGCUUUCACAAACCUCUCAACCUCUCUCCAGCUCUUACGGCGCUUCUCGGGGACUCACAGCUCUCACGGCCCGAGGUAACGAAACGCCUCUGGAAGCACAUCAAGGGAAACGACCUACAAGAUCCUGCGGACAAGCGGUACAUACGUUGCGACGACCCUAUGCGUAGUGUCUUCAAACAAGACCGGGUGCACAUGUUCACCAUGACGAAGCUGGCUAACGAGCACAUGUUCCCCAUCGACUGA